AUGAACGGAAUACGGGGCAUUUUACUCCUUAAGGAUGGAAAGCGACCGGAGCUUUUUCAAGUAGAGAAUAACAAGCAUCACGCUGGGAUUGUUGAAAGAACGCGAGAGACGGUAUUGCAGAGGAAAGCGGGGAAACCAGCAAGGUUUGCACACGCUCGUCGAGCGGCAGUCUACGCGCAGCUUCCCACUUUUGCAGAAAUGCCCGAGGCAGGAGCAUGCGCAGAAUUUCUUCCUCUCGGCCGCUGCGCCGACGCGGUCCGCCGGGCAGAAAGGCGGGGGCGAAGCUUCGGGCUCUCGCUGAGGAACCGCUGGGAUGUGGGCUUGGCUGGCCUUGAUUGGGUUGUGGCAAAUGCAGUGGCCAGAUUCAGACUGACUUGUCCUGAAGCCUCAUGCUGGCACUAUUGGAAUGGAAAUUGUUAUUGUCUAGAAGAAAAUCAGGAGGGGACUUGGACCGAAGCAUUGAAGUUUUGCAAGAGAUAUAGAUCUACAGAGUUAGUGAUACUUACAAGUAUUCAGGAAAAAAACUGGAUUUUAGAUUUACCUUUGGAUAAUUUUUGGAUUGGAUUGAAUAAUUUGGAAGAAACUGAAAGCUUUUCAUGGUCAGAAGGCACACGAGCAAAUACAAAUCUCUCUUGGCUUCAACUAUCAAAUCCAGUUCAGCCAAAUACUUGUGUGAAAGUUUCCAAACGCAGCUUGGUUGCUCUCAGCUGUAAUACAGAAGCCCAUUGGAUCUGUCAGCGAAAUGCAGUUGUUGACCGAUAUCAAGAACACAAAGGAAAGGUUCUCUUAUCACCAAAAGGCUCUACAUCUCAAGUCCACACAGAUUUGAUUUCUGCAAAGACAGCAUGCUUGGAGCUUAGAGAGCAGUGUAAAGGAAUAACUACCUGGAAUAAUGCCUAUGCACUUGCCAGAGGAACAGUAUUGCUAAAAAGCAAGGAAAAUCAGUCUGCAGCAUAUGUCAAAUCAGAUUGUUCCUUGGGAUAUUUUGGAAUAAACUGUUCCUCUGUUUGCAAUAAAUGCUAUGGUGAUGAAUUGUGCAAUCCGUAUACAGGAGAUUGUGAUAGUUUCCAUUCUUGUAGAGCUCAGGAUUCUCCUGCUGUUUGUGAACAAGCUUUAAGCAGUGUAUGGUGCCCUCGGUUUUCUGGCUGGAAAUACUGGGAGAAGAACUGCUAUUACUUCAGUACUGAGGCUGCAUCCAAUUGGACGUUUGCUCGUAAACAAUGUAGAAGAUUCAGAAGUACAGACUUGCUAUGGAUUGAUAAAAAAAGUGAAAUGGAUUGGAUAUUGUCUGCAAGUUCAACUAAGAUUUUGUGGACUGGAUUAAAUAGUAGGAAGAAAAUAGCUAUAUGGGUUUGGUCAGAUUCAAGAUCAGCAGCUAAAGAAUUACGAUGGUUGAAAUUGGAAGGGAAUCCAUCUGGAAGAUGUGUAGGUUUUAAUCCUACUAAUAACACUAUUCUAAAGAUAAAGUGUGAUGAAAAUUAUAAGUGGGUUUGUAAGAGAAAGGAAGUGGUAGAUCUUUUUGAUCUCUACACUGAUAAGUUUAUGUCAGGACCAUUAGAGCCAAUGUUUUAUACAUCUCUUUCCACCGCUGUAGUAGACUGCUUAAGUGAUUCCAACUGCACAGGGAUAGUGCAAGAUAGCCGAUUCUUUAGAAGAACAAGAGGUAUAGAUGAAAUUACUGCAUCUGAUGAAACUGUAUUUACAUAUGCAAAACGAGAAUGCACCUUUGGUUACUAUGGUGAUAACUGUGCUUUACGUUGUAAGAAAUGCUAUGGAGGAUUCAGAUGUAAUUCAGUAACUGGAAAGUGCCCAGAAAGGUUGCACUGCAUUGGUCAGUUCAAAGGAGAACUCUGUGAAUUAGGCCUCAUAAAUCCAAAAUGUCCCCUUAAUGCUCCAUGGUGGUUUUAUGAUGGACAUUGCUAUUAUUUUGAAAAGGAAAAAAAAGGGAAGUAUACAUGGGCAGAUAAACGAUGUUCCUACUAUAAGGAUGCUAUGCUUGUCAAGGUUGAUAGUAUGAAAGAAAAGGAGUGGCUUGGUGCUAUGUUGGAAAGGGAGAGCUGGAUUGGUUUGCAACAGCAAGGAACUACAUGGACAUGGAGUAGUGGUCGUGGAAAUGUUGUUCUAGCAAAAUAUGCCUGGCUUUGGAAUUUCCCUGUAACAACAGGCAGAUGUGCUCAAAUGAUGAAAGGAGGAAGUCUUCAAUCAUUGCAAUGUUCUGAACAGCACUUCUACAUAUGUGAAAUAGAAAUAGAUGGAAAUAACAGUAGUCUUACGAAUUUUUUUAUUGAGUAUCCUGGGAAAAUAAUGCUGACUCCUUAUGGUCUCGCUAUGUACAAAGAUCUUGAAGAAGCAAGAUACCAUUGUGUAAUGAACAUUAAAUGUAUUGGAAUAAGUAGCUGGUCACGUGAACAUUUUUCUGUCAUAGGAAUAGAAAUGGUAUCGGGUUCAGCUGAUCAUGUAUUACACUUAAAAACAAGUUGCACAAUAGGACGCUAUGGAUCUUCAUGUGAAGAAGAAUGUCCAGUAUGCAGAGACUCCUCACUUUGUAAUAUGGUGACUGGUUUUUGUGAUGAGAAAACCACCUGCCUGGAUCAGUCCUCUCUAGAGAGUUGUUCGGGGUCUUCUAUCAGUGAGAGAUGCCCAGAUAUAAAUGAAUGGCGCUACUGGAACAGAUAUUGUUACUAUUUUGUACGUGCUUUUAAAACAUGGGAAGAGGCAAAUUCUUCUUGCAGUCGGUUUAGAGCUUCUGAACUUCUAUGGAUUGAAGACCAGGAUGAUUUG